AUGAAUUUCGAUAUCUAACAAAAUGAUUCGCCCAACUCCAAUUAAGAUGAAUGUGCAAAUAUGGAUUCAGAUUUACAGGAUAAAACCUAAACUCAAGUGGAAAAUGACUAUUUCCUGAAUAAGAUUGAAACUCAUAAGUUUGUGGUUGGUAUAUCCAAACCUGGGGAUUUGAGAAUAGGUCUAUAAACAGUAAAUAAAAGCAAAAUCACUGUCAGAGGAAUUCUAGGGAUACAAGAAAAAUAAUGA